AUGUCCAGGGAAGAUCCAAUCAAAGCGGAGAAAGAUUUCACCGAGACGUUGAACCAACAACUUCCCGAAAUUGAAAAGAUACCCGACUACAAAGAGCGGUUGGAAAAGUAUUUGCUCUUGGAAAAGCAAACUCGACAAUCAUCCGAUGUUGCCUCGUCCAAGAGGGUUCUCGCGAAAAUUGUAGCGACAUUGGCUCAACAUCAAGAUUGGGACUACCUCAACGAUUUGAUCACCACGCUUUCCAAGAAACACGGCCAGCUCAAGUCGUCGAUCCAACUGUUUAUCAAGGACCUGAUCAAGGUGCUAGAUGAAUUGAACAACUCGCAUCCGCAUGAGCUUGAAACAAAGAUCAAGUUGAUUGAAACCAUCAGAACCGUGACUGACAAGAAGAUCUUUGUUGAAGUGGAAAGAGCCGUGGUGUCGAGACAAUUGGCUGAUAUUUAUCUUGAGCAGAAAAAUGACUUGGACAAAGCUGUCGAGAUUAUGAAUGAGCUUCAAGUGGAGACGUAUUCGUUGAUGCCCUUCAAGGAGAAAAUCGAGUUUAUUUUGGAGCAGAUUCGGUUGACGUUGGAAAAGAAGGACUAUAACCAAGCCAAGAUUUUGAGCAGGAAGAUUCUUCUCAAGAGUUUAAAAGACUUGCCCGAGUUCAAAGUGACCUAUUUGAAAUUUGUUAUUGAAAUUUACCAGCACGAGUACGACUACGACGCCAUUGUGCAGAAUUUCUUGCUUUUAAUUCAAGUGCCCACUUUGUCGCAACAGGAGUUGCAAGCUUAUAGUCAGGACAUUGUCUUUUACAAUUUGCUAGAUUCCUCGGUGAAGAAGUUGACCCACAACGAGGAGUUGAAGAGAAACACCGAGGCCAAGAUCUUGCAUCUUUUGGAAAUAUUCUCGACUGACGAGUUGAUCAACAAGAGCAUCGAUGCAGAUUACGAUUUCAAACAGUUUACCAUCUUUAAGGACGCCAAGAACUUUGAAAAUCUUGAAAAGAGAAUCAUUGAGCACAACUUGCGAGUUAUUAACAAGUUCUACCAAGCCAUCAAGUUGGACCGUUUGGCUUUCUUGUUGCAGUUGCCCAUUGACGAGUGCGAAAAAAGCGUUAGUCAGUUGGUCAACGAAGGCAUGAUUACUGCGAAAAUUAAUCGUCCUAAAGGUGUCGUUAAGUUUUCCAAGACUAAGCACUUGGAGGGAAGCGACCCGAGAACAAGCGAUAACCAUGUCAAUGGAUUGUUGAAUGACUGGUGUUUUGACGUGGAUAAGCUCUUGGAGGAGGUUGACUCGAUUGGCCAUUUGAUAAAUAAAGAGGAGAUGAUGUAUGGUAUCAAGCAGAAAGUAUAG